AAAACAUCAUAUAUUUUGGAUAAGGAUUUUUUUUUAAGUUUUGUUGUUAAUAUUUCUACCUGUAAACUUGUUUUUAUUGAAACAAAUUAAAAAUGGCCCUAGCAAUUGCACAUGAUAUAUAUGACUGGUACAGGGAUCUCAUGGACAACAAAAGUGAUCCCCGUGUAAAUGGCUGGUUCAUGAUGUCCUCACCUGUACCCACAUUUUUGCUGUGUGUCUUUUACGCUUAUUUUAGUAAAUCAUUAGGACCAAAGUUAAUGGCCAAACGCAAGGCCAUGGAUUUAAGAAAUGUCUUGGUAUGGUAUAAUCUAUUCCAGACAGUGUUUAGUGCGUGGAUAUUCUACGAGUAUUUAGCGAGUGGCUGGUGGGGUGAUUACAAUUUCAAAUGUCAACCUGUUGACUAUAGCAAUAGCCCAAAGGCUUUAAGAAUGGCAAACAUUUGUUGGUGGUAUUACAUAUCGAAAUUCACCGAAUUCUUCGAUACGCUGUUCUUUAUUUUACGUAAGAAAACCCAGCAUGUAUCGACAUUGCAUGUCAUUCAUCACGGCUGUAUGCCCUUCUCCGUUUGGUUGGGUUUGAAAUUCGCCCCAGGCGGCCACAGUACCUUCUUUGCCUUAUUGAACUCGUUUGUACAUAUUGUUAUGUAUUUCUAUUAUAUGAUCGCUGCCAUGGGACCACAAUAUCAGAAAUACAUUUGGUGGAAGAAGUAUUUGACAACUUUCCAAAUGGUCCAAUUUGUUGCUAUCUUCACACAUCAAUUCCAAUUGCUAUUCCGUGAAUGUGAUUAUCCUAAAGGAUUUAUGGUGUGGAUUGGUCUGCAUGGCGUUAUGUUCCUAUUUUUGUUCUCAGAUUUCUAUAAAACCAAAUAUACCCGCGCUGCCCAAAAAGUGAAGGCUGCUGCUGCCAAUGGUCAUGUCAGUGCGUCAGAAAAAGAAUACCUCACAAAUGGCAAGUCAACAACAAAUGGCAGUGCUGUCUAUGCCAAUGGCAAUAGUAAUCGUGGAGCAUGUAUGCCUGUCAUGGAAGACGAAGUUGAAACCACAUUACCACAAACAAAUGGACAUUUGAAAAAUGGUCAUUACAAGAACGGCUAUGCCAAUGGUGGUGGCGAACACAUACUCAAGGAAGGUGUUAUCUCAUCAAAUGAAGCUAUUCUUAAUCCAGAUACCAGUAGCUCUAGUCUUCACCAGAGAAAAGUCAAAUAAGAUAGGACAACAUGAAACAUACACACACAACACAACCACUCGAUUUAAGCCUAUUAAAAUAUUUAAAUUAAUUUUAUAUAGUUUUUAGCAACAAUUUAUAUACAACAAAAACAAAAA